AUGCCGCCUCCAUCCGAGCGCCCUCUCGCAGAAGCAGUCCCCUACAGCGGACCUCUCCUCACAGGCGUUGCCAACGACCUCGUCAUUCCAUCCGUUCUCAAUCUCGAAGAAGAGGAAAAAUACUGGGUCCCCCAACAACCAAAUGUUUGGUUCCGACCUCUUCUGUUCUCCUUGUCUCAAGGGUACUGGGUGAAUAUCCUUCGCGUGCGCAAAUCCGGCAUCCUAUCGCGACACCGGCAUUCCGGCCCUGUCCAUGCUGCGACACUCAAAGGACGCUGGCAUUACCUCGAGCACGAUUGGUGGGCUACCCCUGGAAGUUAUUCCUAUGAGCCACCUGGUGAUAUCCACACGUUGGAAGUUCCUGAGGGGGUUGAGGAAAUGGUUACUCUGUUUCAUGUGACUGGCUCAUACACAUACGUUGAGCCUGAUGGAACCCCCGUCGGGGUUGAGGAUGUGUUCACUCAACUUGAGACAGCCAAGGCUCAUUAUGAGAGUGUUGGAAUUGGAGCUGACUAUGUGAUGUCACUUGUUAGAUAA